CACGCCCUCCCCUUGAAAGAAAAGGUGCAAAAAGGGCUGCGGAUGAGAUGCGGCACCGCAGCGGCCAGCAGGACCUUUUUGUCCUCGCAUCACUUUGUAAGAAGAUUACAACGGCGGACGCAAAUAUCCACGCCUGUCAACAACACAUUUAUUCAAUCAUCAGUCGGGGAUUUUAGGUUUGUUUUUGUUUUUUUGUGUGCGGGGAAGGACGACCGGAGAUGAGCGAGAGCCUGACGUCCGCCGCACGAACUCGCGGAGCGACUCUGCAAGUCCUCGGACCGCAGCUCCCCGCCAACAUGGACUGCGGCUGGACGGUCCGAGGCGAGGUUCCGGUCUAGAUCCUGUGGGCGUGGCCCCGAGCAGCCUGAUGGACGGCCGUGUUGUUUUGGGCGAGCGGACCUGGACUCGGCACUGGGACUAGAACCUGUGCACAAACCAUGGAACCCUUAUGGCUUGUCCUCGGACUGAGAACACGCUUGUGAGCCCGCUUUAGCCCCUCCCCCUCCUCCUCUUUUCGUCCCACGGCCCCGCCCCCAACGCCCCGCCCCAUGUCCCAUCUCUGCCAAGAAUGAUGGAAAUGUUGUGGAGGACGCUGACUUGGACUUUGAGCCUGGUGGUCAUGGCCGCCUCCCACUUCCACUUCCAGAACCUAGACCCACUCUCACGCCACUCCCAAGAGGAGUUCCUGUCCUACCUGCAGCACUACCAGCUGACCGUGCCGGUCCGGGUGGACCAGAACGGAGAGUUCCUGAGCUACACCGUCAAGCACCACCGGCCCGGCAGACGGCGGCGCGGCCUGGCGGACCCUUCCGCCCCCGCACCCGCCCCCGCCCCGGGCCCGGAGACGCCCGAGGCCCCGGAGUCCCGGCUCUUCUACCAACUGAGCGCCUACGGCAAGCACUUCCACCUGAACCUGAGCCUCACCCCCCACCUGGUCUCCAAGCACUUCACGGUGGAGUACUGGGGCCGGCGAGGGCUGGAGUGGCGCCACGACACCAUGGACAACUGCCACUACACGGGCUUCCUGCGGGACCGGCGCCGCACCAGCCGGGUGGCACUCAGCAACUGCAACGGCUUGCACGGCGUCAUCACGACGGAAGAAGAACAAUAUUUCAUCGAGCCGCUGAAGAAGGUGAAGAACAUGUCGUCCAGCAGCCACUGGAGCCUGGAAGAAGCCCAGCAGCAUGUUAUCUACAAAGUGUCCGCCAUCGCAUCCUCGCAGGAACACAGUCGCGAGUCCAGCUGCGGCGUCUCAGACCUCAUCAGAGCCGAGGCCCCGUCCCCAGAGCGUAACAGCACACACCGAAGCAGGCGCUCCGUCAGCAGCGAGCGCUUCGUGGAGACGCUAGUGGUGGCGGACAAGAUGAUGGUGGGCUACCACGGGCGCAAAGAUAUCGAGCACUACAUCCUGUCCGUCAUGAACAUUGUUGCCAAACUUUACCGUGAUGCCAGUCUCGGAAAUGUUGUCAACAUCAUCGUGACUCGCCUCAUCAUUCUCACGGAAGAUCAGCCCAACCUGGAGAUCAACCACCAUGCCGACAAGUCCCUGGACAGUUUCUGCAAAUGGCAGAAGUCCAUCCUGUCCCAUCACAGCGACGGCAACAGCAUCCCCGAGAACGGCGUGGCUCACCACGACAACGCCGUGCUCAUCACACGGUACGACAUCUGCACCUACAAGAACAAGCCCUGUGGAACCUUAGGCUUGGCCUCCGUGGCCGGAAUGUGCGAGCCGGAGCGGAGUUGCAGCAUCAACGAAGACAUAGGCCUGGGUUCUGCCUUCACCAUCGCACACGAGAUUGGCCACAACUUCGGCAUGAACCACGACGGCAUCGGGAACUCGUGCGGCACCAAAGGUCACGAGACGGCCAAGCUGAUGGCGGCACACAUCACCGCCAACACCAACCCUUUCUCCUGGUCCGCCUGCAGCAAGGACUACAUCACCAGCUUCCUCGACUCAGGUCGGGGGACGUGUCUGGACAAUGAACCUCUGAAACGAGACUUCCUGUACCCAACAGUGGCUCCGGGGCAGGUGUACGACGCCGACGAGCAGUGCCGCUUCCAGUACGGAGCCUCCUCACGACAGUGCAAGUACGGGGAAGUGUGUAGAGAGCUCUGGUGCCUUAGCAAAAGCAACCGCUGUGUCACCAACAGUAUCCCCGCCGCCGAGGGAACCCUGUGCCAGACCGGCAGCAUCGAGAAAGGGUGGUGCUUCCAGGGCGAGUGUGUGUCGUUCGGCACCUGGCCCCAAAGCUUGGACGGUGGCUGGGGGCCCUGGUCCUCCUGGGGGGAGUGCAGCAGGACCUGCGGCGGCGGCGUCUCCUCCUCCGCCAGGCACUGUGACAGCCCAGCGCCUUCCGGAGGAGGGAAGUACUGCCUCGGGGAGAGGAAGCGCUACCGAUCCUGUCACACCACCGCUUGUGCGUCGGGAUCGCGCGACUUCCGAGAGAAGCAGUGCGGCGACUUCGACAGCUUGCCUUUCCGUGGGAAGUACUACAACUGGAAGCCUUACACCGGCGGCGGCGUCAAAGCGUGCGCCCUCAACUGCCUGGCCGAGGGCUACAACUUCUACACCGAGCGCACCCCGGCCGUCGUGGACGGCACCCGCUGUCAGGCCGACUCUCUGGACAUAUGCAUCAACGGCGAGUGUAAGCACGUGGGGUGUGACAACGUCCUGGCGUCCGACGCCAAGGAGGACCGCUGCCGGGUGUGCGGUGGUGACGGCAGCACCUGCGAGGCCACCGAGGGCUUCUUCAACGACUCUCUGCCUCGAGGAGGCUACAUGGAGGUGGUCCACAUCCCCAAAGGUUCCGUCCACAUCGAGGUCCGAGAGGUCACCGUCUCCAAGAAUUACAUCGCUCUGAAAUCCGAAGGGGACGAUUAUUACAUCAACGGCGCUUGGACCAUCGACUGGCCGAGGAAGUUUGACGUCGCCGGCACCGCCUUCCACUACAGGAGGCCCUCGGACGAGCCCGAGUACUUGGAGGCUCUCGGGGCCACCACAGAGAACCUGGUUGUCAUGAUCCUCCUCCAGGAACAGAACCAAGGCAUCCGCUACAAGUUCAAUGUUCCCAUCCAGCGUACGGGCAGUGGCGACAACGAGGUGGGCUUCUCCUGGUUCCACCUGCCCUGGUCCCAGUGCUCUGCCACAUGUGCCGGAGGCUCCCAGAAGCAGGAAGUGGUGUGCAAGAGGCUGGACGACAACUCCCUGGUCCAGAACAGCUAUUGCGACCCGGAAGGAAAACUUCCGGAGAACCAGCGCGACUGCAACGCUGAGCCGUGUCCUCCAGAGUGGUUUAUCGGCGACUGGUCGGAAUGCGCCAAGACGUGCGACGGCGGCACACGGACCAGGACGGUCCUCUGCGUCAGGAAGAUGGGCCCCGCAGAGGAGGAGACCCUGGAGGACACCCACUGCCUGACUCACAGACCCAUGGAACAGGAAGCCUGCAACAACCAGUCUUGCCCACCCAAGUGGGUCACUCUGGACUGGUCCGAGUGCACGCCCAAGUGCGGGCCGGGCUUCAAGCACCGCAUCGCCUUGUGCAAGAGCAGCGACCUGACCAAGACCUUCCCCCCCGCCCACUGUCCCAGCCACAACAAGCCGCCGGUUCGAAUCCGUUGCAGCCUGGGCCGCUGUCCUCCUCCGCGCUGGAUCCCCGGCGAAUGGGGACAGUGCUCGGCGCAGUGCGGCCUGGGCCAGCAGGUGAGGACGGUGCAGUGUCUGUCCUACACGGGCCAGCCCUCCGCCGAGUGUGCCGACACCCUGCGACCCGCCGCCAUGCAGCAGUGUGACAGCAAGUGCGACGCCACGCCCGUCUCCAACGGCGACGAGUGCAAAGAUGUCAACAAGGUGGCUUAUUGCCCGCUGGUGCUGAAGUUCAAGUUCUGCAGUCGGGCUUACUUCCGGCAGAUGUGCUGCAAGACCUGCCAGGGCCACUGAGUCCGACUAGACCUGCCGGGGCCACUGAGUCCGACUAGACCUGCCGGGGCCACCGAGUCUGACUAGACCCUGCCGGGGCCACCGAGUCCAACUAGACCUGCCGGGGCCACCGAGUCUGACUAGACCCUGCCGGGGCCACCGAGUCUGGCUAGAACCUGCCAGGGCCACCGAGUCUGGCUAGAACCUGCCAGGGCCACCGAGUCCGACUAGACCCUGGCAGAGCCACCGAGUCCGACUAGACCAGGAAGCCAAACCAGGAAGCCAAACCACUGCUCAGCCGCCGCGCUGACAUGCAAGUUCACUUCUGUGAAGUGGAGCUCCGAGGAGGACGGGUUGGUGAAGUUAUUUUAUUAUAAUAAUAAUAAUAAUUCCUCAUCUCCGACUUUGAUCAAAUCCAAAGUGCUGUACACACUUGGCCCGCAGAGGACACGCCCAAGCCCCGCCCCCCCACCCCUCUGCGAGCGCUGUCGCCGGGCAGACUUUUUGUGUAAAUAGAGAGCGAGCGAGCCCACGCGGUCUGUGUACUGUAUAUUUAUUUUCUACGUCACCUAGUAGCUACUGUCUCCAACAGUCCUCACCUGCGUGUGGGCGGGGCCACGUCAAGGUGCCUUGUCAUCAGCGGGUCAGGAGUCAUUGAUUGGCCUUUAGCAACAACAUUUCCGAAGGUGCGUUCACACUUGAAAUGAAGUCCAUCCUUCAAAGCCUCACUUCUACUUUAUUGUUUCAGCAAGUCGAAUUGGAAUGACAGGAAGUGGUUAUUUGGGAACAUCAACAUCUUCCAGCAAAGUUCAAGAAAUAAAUUGUCAGGUAUGACAAAGAUGUCAGCUUGAAUAGCGAAACCCCACAAUUAAAGACUAAUUUGUAAUACUUGUAGUGUGUCCACCAAAAAAAUAGUGAAUCUUUUUCAUCCCGAUUCCAAAAUCCAUUCAUCAUUCACAAAUAUCUAUUAAAAAAAAUUACAUUUUAAAAAAAGACAUUUUUAGACCAUCUCCACGCUAACAAAAAUAACUUUUUUGAAAAAGUUUCAUUCCACCCAUGAGACCAAAUAUUACUUUGGCAGAAUGGAAUGUUUAAUGUCCACCAAAGUUCUCUGACAUACAUCUAAUGUAUAAAUGAGAUAAAUAAUGUUAUACAUUAUUUUACGGUAACGUGUUAAUAAUUUCACACAUAAGUCGCUCCGGAGUAUAAGUCAAACUAUGAAAGAAAUUGUCACUUAUAGUCUGAAAAAUACGGUGUGUGUGUAUAUAUAUAUAUAUAUAUAUAUAUAUAUAUGUAUAUAUGAAUUGUGAAUUAUAUUUUAUAUAGCGCUUUUCUCUAGUGACUCAAAGCGCUUUACAUAGUGAAACCCAAUAUCUAAGUUACAUUAAAACCAGUGUGGGUGGCACUGGGAGCAGGUGGGUAAAGUGUCUUGCCGAAGGACACAACGGCAGUGACUAGGAUGGCGGAAGCGGGAAUUGAACCUGCAACCCUCAAGUUGCUGGCACGGCCACUCUACCAACCGAGC